AUGGCAGCUGAUGAUAAUACUCAUCGUCUUUGGCAGCAUCAGCCAGUUCGCAUGGGCGAGAACAAGGAAUGGACAAAUGAAGAGCUGAAAAUUCUACACGAUUGCAUUAAUCGAUUUGGUGUAAGCGACAACUGUGUGUUCAGUGCAACAAGGAGUAUCGAAAGGCGUUCUAUGCUCGAAAUACGCGAUAAGCUAAGUGAAAUUGGCGAACUGACCCGACUCAGGCGGCAGGUGCGUAUCGCUGCCCGGAAGAACACGUGGCUGAAGGCAGUUACACCACCAUCCCAGACCUCCGAGGUACGUGAAGCCAAAAAAUCUGGAUUUUCAAUUCAGUGUUGGUCAGAUGCGCUGAGCACCAUCCAGAAAUCAAAGCAACGAAACACGGAUUAUUCAGACGCUUCUCUUUUGGAGUAUUUAGGGCAUGAAAUUAAAUGUCGACCGACGUCGACGGAAACGAGGAAACUUUUCCGGGUGACAGAUUCGACUUACUGUCGCGGUGCUGGCAAAGCAGAACUGAUCGAUUGCUCUCAUUAUUAUCGUUAUUUGCAAUCGUGUCUUUCUGGAUCAAGCAAAUUUGAUAACAUCAAACCUUUGAUUCCGAAAUGGUACAACUGUAUUUAUUUAGGUGCUGCAGUAUUUCUGAAUAUACUGGAUGAGAUACAGAAAGAGGUGGAUGAUCCAAAACAUGAAUUUCGUCGUCGCAUCCUGGCUGGUAUGUUCCGCGAUAUCCAGGACGGAGAUCUAUCGAUGUAUGACUUCCGAAACACUACAGCGGAUAGCGAUGAUGUGCUAAGUCAACAGUUAAAUCCGCUAUAUUUGCCACGUGAAAUGUUGGAAAUACAGAAAGAGCAAAGUUAA